AUGACUUUGGUGGUGGAUGAACAUAAGAUGAAUGAUAAAUUUCCUAUUGGAAUGAGAGUUCUUGCUGUUGAUGAUGACAGAACUUGUCUCAUGAUUUUGGAGAAACUUCUCCUAAAGUGUCAAUAUCACGUAACUACGGCUAAAAAUGCGAUAGACGCGCUGAAUUUGUUGAGAGAAAACAAAAAGAAUUUCGACUUAGUAAUCAGUAAUGUUCAUAUGCCAGACAUGGAUGGAUUUAAGCUUCUUGAGCUUAUUGGACUUGAGAUGGAUUUACCUGUCAUUAUGUUUUCUGUGAAUGAUGAUCUGAAGAUGGUGAUGAAAGGAAUUACUCAUGGUGCUUGUGAUUAUCUGCUGAAACGUGUUAGAUUGAAAGAGGUGCAAAUUAUUUGGCAGCAUGUGAUUCGGAAGAAGAAAGGUAAAAGAAGCAAUUCGGAUAGCGUAAAUGGAAUAGAUUCGGCUGUGAUAGGAAGUUCGGAUCAAAAUGUGAAGCCAUAUAGAAAAAGAAAGGAUAAGAAUGAAAACGACGAUGAGGAAGAGAAUGAAGAUGAUGAUGACGACGAUGAGGAUCCAUCGGCGUAG